AUGCGCGGCGUCGCAAGCGCCGAGGAUGCCGACUUCGAUGCCCGCGUGGCGGCCAUGAAGACCUGGAUGGGUUCGGAGCGCUUCAAGCACACCACCCGCCCCUACAAGGUGGAGGAGGUGGUGAAGCUCCAGGGCACCAUGCCCAUGUACUUCAACGGCGCCAAAGUCUCUGACAAGCUCUACAAGAUGCUCCGGGACCACCAGGCCAAGGGAACCUGCUCCCACACUUUCGGAGCCCUCGACACCGUUCAGGUGACGCAGAUGGCCAAGUACCUGACCUCGGUGUACGUCAGCGGAUGGCAGUGCUCUUCCACGGCAUCUACCUCCAACGAGCCGGGUCCGGACGUGGCAGACUACCCCUACGACACCGUGCCCAACAAGGUAGACCAGCUCUUCCGUGCCCAGCUCUUCCAUGACCGCAAGCAGUACGAGGAGCGCAGGCGCAUGUCGCCCGACGAGCGCUCCAAGGCGCCCGUUGUCGAGGCAAGGCUGCGAGCUGGGCGUCAGCAGGUGGACAUCACCUGGCAGCUCCCGGGCCAGCAGCGGAGUGGCUCCGGGAUGGCAAGCAGCAAAAAGGCGGCACGGCGCGAGGCGGCGCGGCGCCUGCUGCAGGGCCUGCCGGUGGGGCCGGAGGCGGAGUUGCAGAUGCGGAAGCAGAUGCUGCAGGGCCUGCGCUACAAGCUGUCCGCCGAAGUCCUCCAGGACGGUCUCUCGGGCGAGGCGAGCAGCAAGGUUUAUCGGGUGGUCUGGCGCGUGCCGCAGCCGCAGGGAAGGCCUCCCCUGGAGCUGUCGGCUUCAGCUGAGGGCACCCAUGAGGAGGCACAAAAACAGGCCUGGGAGAGCUUGUACCUGCAAGCAGCCGGACGGAAGUCGCUUCAAGCGAGCGUGGUGCAAGCGACCCAGGAGCAGCGAAACCGAGCCGUGCAGCAGCAACUGGAGGAUGCAGCACAACAAAGGCGCGAUAGCUUGCAGGCCGGGAUGUCCAUCUUGAGCUCGGAGGCUGCAGCGGAGCUUGCCGUUCGGCACAACGCGAUCAUCCAGCGCCUGCGGAUCCAGGCAUUGGACGAGGUGACAACGCACGAGGCUGGCCAGCAUUGCACGCUGCAAUGGGAGUGGCAAGACCCGAACGGGGAGCAGCGCAGGGCCGUUUCUGUUGGCUUAGGGACCACGAAGCGCCAAGCAAAGGGCGAGGCCAUCCGGGGCAUGUUGGCCCAACAGUCCGUCGGUAGCGCCUUGGAUCCCGUGGCUCUGAACGCUGCGGGAAGCGUCCGCUCCCUGGCACGCGGUGGCAGCGCGAAAGCUGCAGCUUCAGCUGCAGACUUCCUGGCCUCCUGGCCACCGGCCUACUGGAGCCUCUGCCUGCUGGAUGCCUGGCAGCUCUGCUUGGCGCAGAGGGACCGGGAAGGUCUAGGAAAGCUCGGGGAAGCUGUGAGGGGCAACCUCGCCGUGCAGGGUUUGGCCCCCAAGCUCUGGGAGUCCCUCCUGGAUGCCGCGGCUCACGUGGCCUGCGGCAGCACGGCCGUGGAGGCCCUGAAGCUCUUGCGAGGGGCCUCUCUGGAUGCGUCCCGCUUCGCGUCUGCAGCGCACAAGGACUACUUCGAGCAUUUCCGCAUGCUGACGGCCUUGGAGAGGGUGGGAGCCAAUCAGGCCAUGAUCGAUGAGCUCCGGGCGCAAAGCGGCGUGCCAUGCCUGCGAAUGCUGCAGCAGAGCUGUGUCCUCCCUUACAUCACUUUGGUUCUCGCCGAGUGGUUCGAGGACCAGGUAGCCAUGCUCAGCGGCAUGCGCGCUGGGGAUGUGGUGUACCUGAGGCCAACUCUGUCACAGGGCCGCCUGCCCAGCGAGUCCUCUGGGCACCUGGCCGUGAUCGCCUCCUUGGGCAAGGAGCGAGGAAAGCAGCGCUUGAACCUCCGCUGCGGUACUUUGGGGGAGGACGUGGAGGAGGAGCUUUUCGACGUCUUCGGCUUGGAAUCCGAGGUCACGGCAUUGCGCUGCAUCCAGGCGGUCUGGGCAGCAGCCGACCCUCACGUUCCAAGGGAAGAGAGAGUGGCGCAGGAUGUGCGGCUGCUCCCGGAGAUGACGCGAAUCGUCGUACAGAGCUUUCGGGCAGAGGGGAGGAAGGCCUCGAAAGAGGCAGCGGCCUCGGCACCGCCAGGCUGCCAGGACGAGGCGCCUCUUCGUCGCAUUGGGAGCAUCGUGGACACUGCGGCGAGGCUCGGGUGCGAUCUGACGGAGGCCCAGUUGGAGGCUGUGAGAUCCGCCCUGCAACGACGGGUGACGCUGAUCCACGGCCCACCGGGCACCGGCAAGACCACAGCUGCCGCCUGUGUGGUCAUGGCCUGGAGGUGGCUCGGGGACCGCAUACUCUGUGCUGCCGACUCCAACGUUGCGGCGGACAAUCUGCACAAGAGCCUUGCAAAGUGGGGGAUCAAGGCUUAUCGUUUCGCCCCGGCGGAACAGGAGGAGUCGAAGAUGACGGCUUACGAGCGCAUGUUGUUUGCCCAGGAUGCGCUAAACAGCUUCCAGGUUGUGGUGACGACGUGUGCCGGUGCCGGGCAUAACUUGCUUCAGGGGCAGACGUUUCCACGCGUCUUGAUUGAUGAAAGUACGCAGUCAGUGGAGCCCACCACGCUCUUGCCGAUGAGUGUUGGGUGUGAGCACUUGGUCUUGAUCGGCGACCACAGGCAGCUGCCUCCCACAGUCGUUUCAGACGAUGCGAAACGCUUAGGCCUGGACAAAUCGCUCUUUGCCCGCUUGGCUGAGGAGGACGAGAGCCAGCCCGAAGUGGAUGCUAUCGCUGUGCCGGUCUUGCUGAACGAGCAGCGACGAAUGCAUCCGAGCAUCGCGCGCUUCCCAAAUCUCUACUUCUACCGGGGCCUCGUGCAUGACAAGGCCCCAGGUCGGGCACCGAUCCGAGGUGUGAAGUGGCCGCAGUCCGGCGACUUCCGCCUUUGGCUGGUGGACUGCAAGGGCCAAGCAGGCCACUGCGAAGAGCAGCAGGGCACCUCCUGGCGGAAUGCAGCUGAGGCGGAUGCCGUCGUAAGAUUCCUCAGGCACCUACUCGACCCGAACCAGCGGAACCAAUCGGGCCCGGGGUCUGUGGCCACCGAGGAGGUGGUGGUCCUCACACCGUACCUGCAACAGAAGGAGCUCCUCCAAGGAAGGCUGCGAGGCGUUCCGGAGCUCAAGGAGGUGCGAGUCUCCACAGUGGACGGCUUCCAGGGAGCAGAAGCCGACCUGGUCGUCUUCUCUGCCGUCCGCUCGAAUAGGGAGGGCCGCCUCGGCUUCCUUCAGGACACUCGCCGGGCGAACGUCGCCCUGACGCGGGCGCGGCGAGGGCUGGUGGUCUUCGCUGAUGCGGAGACGCUGCGACAGGCUGACGGCUCCAUCUGGGCAGAGUGGCUGCGCUUCGUGGAGGCCGAGGAG